UCUAAUUCCUCGACAUAAUCAUAAAUGACAACAGACGUAUCAUUUUAAAUACGUGACAUGAAUCUAUUAACUGGGUGUAGUCAUAAUCAGUUAGUUAUAAGACGUUUUGAAUAUUUAUGACUACAUAAACUUUUGAUCCUGGUCAUGCUGUUCUUAUCUCAGCAGUACUGGACUGAGCACCAAAAAAAUGCAUUUAAAUAGUGCGUAAUCGUAACUUUGCCGUGGAAACAUCUUGGGUGAAUAGUUUUAUGCGUAUCAUUGAAGAUGAGAAGUAAGUGAACUUAGUGAACUAAGUCUAAAUAUUAAAUUGAAAAGGUAGUUGAGGUCGAUCGAUCUGACUACGACAUCAGCAGCGGCUGUGAGAGGUCUACUCAACGAACCAAAUGACUUGAACAAGGGCCCGUGGAACAGAUUUUAGAGCAAGAAAAUGCAGCUCGCUACUCCAGGAUAUAUCAACACAUUAUACGUAUGGAACUGGAGAACGGGCGCAAAACGAAGCGGUUUACAAGACAAAAAUGAAACUGUGUGAGUGACUGAUGUAAAAGAUAAUAAAAACUUCCAUGGACAGUAUGGCAAAAACAAAUGACUCAACCCAAAAGUCAAAUGAUACAGAUGUGUCUGUAGUUAAAGUGUGUCCAACAGCAGAGGAGCUUGGCCGAAAACCAGCAAAUUGUAGUGAAGGGUACAUCUGUAAAGUACCAGGAUGCCAUCAGAGAAUGAAGACCCUUGGUGGACUUACACAGCACACUGACAGCUGCCAUCCAGAACUCAGCUGGACGGGUGGAAGGAAGAAGGGAAGGACUUUCCAGUUUUACUGUCCAGAAGAGAAGUGUGUUUACAAUCCAGCAUCAGGACGUUUUUUCAACACAUGGGAAAAUAUAAAGGCUCAUUAUGCAAGCCAGCACUGGGAGAAAUGCCAUGAAUGCAGCAAGUGUGGAAAGAAGUUUGGCAUUGAGAGAGACUGGAGACGACAUGAGGCUGACUGUGGGACAAAGUUUGCCUGUUCUGCCUGUGCUGCCUGCUACCCAAGCCGACAAGCUCUCCUUGUCCACUGUAGGAGAAAGGAGCACCCACUUCCUCCAGGGAGGACUAUUGCUAGGACAAGCAGUGGUGCUGACAGUAAGAAUCUCCUACCAGAUCAGGUUUUACAAGAGAAUGGAUUGUGCUCAGACAACAGAGUUGCUGUUCACAGCGAGAAAACCUUGAAAACAUACAAAGCAUCACAGCCAUCACCAGCAAAAAUCAAAGGGACCAACACCAAAAGCAGCAGCAGUAGUUUUUCUCCAAAGACAUCCAGUCCUAGACCCAUCCUUCCUAAGGUUACAAUCAGCACAGCAACCAUUUUGCCUUUUGUAGGCCCAAGGGUUGAGAUGAGAGAUGCAGUAUGUGGCCCGAGCUCUCCACGACAGAUUUCAGCCCAGAUCCAGACAGAUAUACAAGACCCUGCACCACGUCUGCAGCGCCUUGUGAAGGAAGGAGUAAGCAAAGGAUCGCAAGCUGGAGAGACAAUGGUAGGUGAUUUGCUUGUGACAUACCCAGAAAGGCAUGUAGCCGUCACCAACAUGUCCACACAGGUGUCGGCUGGGUUGAGAAGUUGGGGUAACUUGCAAAUUUCAAACACUGGUACACAGGUUUCAGUGAACAUGGUCAGCAAUGGCACCCAGGUAACAAGAAAAGAAGCUUGCAUUUUACCAUCUAGGAAAAUGGUGCAAGUUGAGAGCACUGGGACGCAAGCAUCUUUGACGCUUGUCAGCAAUGGUGUUCAAAUAAAUUUUAAUCCCAUCAUGACUGCUGUUGCUGUGCAGACUGCUGAAGAUGAAAACAUAAACAUGGGAGCAGAAACCACCUCUACUGUUAGCGUAGGAAAGAAUGUCAGUGGACCAGACAGUGCUGCAGGACAGUUGCCUGUCCACUCAUACAGUUUGCCCAAAUUCUUAAAUUCAGCUAGCACAUCCAGCUCCUCUGCAGUACAAGUUUCUCUUCCUGUAAUUCUUUUAGCUGGAGCUGGCACUUCAACAAACAGCAUCGACACUAACAAGGCAUUUGACAGCACCUCAACCACAGGUAUGCAGACAUCUGUCUGUUUUCUUCCUCCGCAAAAACAUUGCAAAGUCAUGGCUCAGACGCAGACAAAUAGUGAAAGCAACACCAAUUCAUUACCAGAACCUUCUCAUGUCUUUGGACAGGCUUUGAGAAAUGGAAGAAAAAUGAGUACACAGUCUUGCAAGAGGAGAAUCUUGACAUCUGCUGAGACGCAGACACGAGGAGCACAUCCAGAUAAAAAACUGAAGCGGGGAACAAGUAACACUACUGUGGGCAGUUUGGACAGUCCAUACUUUGAAGAAUCUGACAUGCAGAAUCUGAUGUGGAACUUAGAUCUACCCUCCACAGGUGCUGAAGAGACAACUCCGAGUGAUGCAUUCCCAGAGCUUGUGACAAUUGCCUCACAAACCAAAUUCUCACCAGGCCAAGAUGCAAACAUUCCUUCACCUGAUACACAGACUAGUAGAAUCUCAAAUAAAAUGUUUUCAAGCUGCGUCGAUGGAGAUCAGUCAGAAAAGACGUUGAAACCAUAUAUCUUGACGGGAUCAAACACAGACCCUCUUUUAUCAACAUCUUUUCUGAAUUUGAGUGGCUUCUCAGAUAGCACACAGACUAUGUCAGUGCCACUUGCUUCAGAGGAAGAAAGUGAUUUACUGCCAGGGGCUGUCACAACAAGCAUGAUGGAUAAUGGGACAUUGAACAACUUGCAAACGGCAUCAUUGAAAGACUCAGAAAGUGAUAGCUUUUCUUUGGCACAGAAAUCGUCCAGCAUAGAAUGUGCCAGUUGUGAUGUGCCUCACACAGAUCUAAAUAAUUUUGAUGACUUGCUUGCAUCCUCUCCACCAUCUCAAAACCUGACCACAGACACAGGUAUGCAGGUGGAUUAUGACAGCCUAAUACCAAACUGCACUUCUGAGCUGGGAGUGCAGACACAAGAGGAUUUUCUACUGGCAUGCACCUCAGACUUUGGGGUCCAAACACAGGACAGCUUUCUAGAUGUGUGUACGGCAGAUCUAGGUGUUCAGACUGGAAGCUGCGAACUGGACUGCUUAUUGGGGGACCUAAGCGCUGACCUACCAUUUGAGUCUUUGGGAUACUCCAGCAUCUUUAGUGCUGACACUGAUAUACAGACUGUGCAGUCCUCUGUUGAAAGUGUAGCAUCUUCUACAGAUGCAACUUUUGUAGACUGUGGUAUAGGGACACAUAUGACAGUGGCUGAUAUUCACACACAGACUAACCAUCAACUGUCUCCAGGUCUCAUCAGUUACAGGGGUGCUGCAGGCUGCAGCUUGGCUGUGGACACUUUACUUGCCGGCACUCAUGCACAGACAUCUCAACCAUCAUCAGUGAAUUUCAAGGCAGAUGCUGGUGUCACUGACAAUGUGGAUGCCAUAAAUACCAAAACUUUCUGUGGUACAAUUAAUUUGCCAUCAUUAUAUCAACUUUCUCCAGAUUCAUCACCUCAGCAAUGCUCAACUCUUGGGAAUCAGGUGUCCAUAAAUGAAUUUUCAGAGGAUGACAGUUUGUCACCUGGCCACUCUCACAGAGCGCUAAUGUUGCCAGCAGUUCCCAACAUUAUGAAGGUAGACAGGGCUUCCAUACUUGCCACAGACAUGCACACACAAACAGCAGAUGAUCUUCUUGACUUCUUGAUGACCAACAUGGAGACACAAACCACCGAAGAAGACAUCUUUGAAAGAAGCUUUGGACUGGCAGAUAUUCAAACACAAACUGUAAUGACAGAUCCUUUAUUUCAGCAGACAGCAGAGGCAGGAAGCCUAGCACCUUUUGGUGGGGCAAGUCUUAUAACCACAGAGACACAAACCUGUGAUCAGAUCACGACAGAGGAUGACAACAGUCAGUUCUUUUCACAGUUCACAGAUAUGCAGACACAAACAUCUUUCAACAUUCUUGAUGUCUGCGAGGGCCCAGAUAAUUUGAUAAGUUUACACUCACAGACCUCUCAAAAUGUUUCCAUUACUGAUUAAAAAUUGACUGAAUAUAAGGUGUUUUUUUCUCAGUUUCUUGCUUUCAGGGGUGGAUUGCACAAUCAGGGUAAGAAAAGAAUCACAAAUGAAAUCCAGAUCUUGAAAAUGUUAAAAUAUGUAAAUCUGUUUUAGAAUGUUUGCGUAGAUAAAAAAAAUAGUUAUAGCAUAGGGUUUUGUCCAAAAGAAUGAAUUAUAUGCAUAUGCUUACCCAGUCCUUGAUCACACUUCUGUGGUAACUACAGAAUGACGGACAUUGCAUAAAAUCCUAAAAUUACAGCCUGAGCACAGCAUGAGAUUAUUUCAUUUACUACUAGAUCAGGAUGCUGUGUUUCAUGGAUUGAGAGGCUCAGUUUUGUCUUUUUUAAGUAGAAAGGAGAGAGCUAAUUUAUUUUUGUACAUGGCUAGUCGGAAAAUUAUGAUAAUGGUAUUAACAGAGACAUUUUCUUUAAAAUAAUAAUGGUUCAAGACAAGCAUUUUGCACAGUUUCUUUGACUUGGUUGCCAUUAAUAAAGGGCAGGUUAUCUACAGUUUGUUUAAUUUUUUUGUGACUGUUCCUUUGCCGAUAUAAGUAAAAAAUUCACUCUUGAUGUCCAUUGUGUUCUUUGCUUUCCACUUAAGUUUAACACACAUGCAUUUAAUACAUGUACUAUAAAUGCAUUGCAUUUUCUUUGGCAAGUGUGUUUAAGUGGCACCUGGAAAAACUGAGCAGCAAACAUUCAGAUGUUCAAGGAAUAAUACUGGAAUGUAAUAAUUAGCAGGAAACAGUUGAAAGCAAAAACUCAAUGAUAUUACCAGCACUAAGUACAAAAAAGUCCUUAAUUGGCAAGAAAUGAUGUAUAUAUCAUAAUCUCCCUUGAACUAGUCAUGAGCUACUGAUAUAGUGUAAACAGCAAUACAUGACAAAUCUUGGAGUCAAUUCAUGUUGUAUAAAUUAUGCCAAUAUAGUAGUAGUUUUCAGUAAAGGAACAAUACUGAAACACAUGUAAAGAGCUGUCUGUUAAACAGGUUAUUUAAACAAUGAACCUUAUUAGCAGAUGAAAGCCUUUUUCUUUUGAGAAGUGUGUUUCAGUCUUGUUUUCCCCUAGCUUUGUAAUUGCAGGCUAGUUUCUGUUCUUAAAAUUUUAUGGAUCCCAACAAAUCUGAAUCAUUUCUAGAAUUGUAGAUUUGAUGUCACAAGUCACUGGAUUAUUUCCCAGCAAUAUCUUCAGUUCUUGGAUCGGUCAUUUGAUUGAUCACAGCUUCAAAGACCUUUGUUCUCCAGUACAGGACUUUUGUUAUUUUUAAUCUCUAGUCUUUAGGCUUAAAUGUUUUAUCUUGACACCAUUUUAGACAUACUCUUUAUUGCUUUUUUGUGUCAAUUUCUUUGGCUAUGAGAGUUAAAUGUGCAUGUUUAUCUUAAAUAGCAUUCACCAUCUAAUUUUGAAAAAUGAAUUGGCAGCAGGGGUGAAUAGUUUGUUGGGUUACACAGAGACUCUAGACUCAUUCUUUAAUAUGAGCUGAUUUAUUGGUGAUAAUCAUCUACUUGGAGGAGAGCAACAAUUUUAUUUUUUUAAUUGAUUCAGAUUCAGGUGUUUACAUAUGAGAUUACUACUGCCUAGCAAAGACAUCAAGCUGUUAUCCAAAAACCACUCGAAAUAAUAUUCUACUUAUAUUGAUCUAUUUGUGAUAAUAUCUGGGAAGAAACCUGACUAAAUAAAUCAAAUCAAGCUAGAGACAACAUUUUGGCCAUAAAGCUUUGCUACAUUUUUUUUCCUGUUUUGUUAGAAAUGACAUAGCAUGGAGCAUGUAUAUAAAUAGUUCUUGUGAUGUAAGCUUGUUUAUCUGUGCUGGUUGCAAGCUCAAGCAAAAUACUCACUUAGCAUUAUUUUAUGCAGUGGAAACAGGAGGUGCAACAUUAGUAAUGGCUUCCAUUGGAUAUACCGAAAUAUUGCCACCGUCUGGACCUUACACGUGUAAAGCUUUUGUAGUAUGCCAUUACUGCUUUGUGCAUUGUAUGGUUAUUAUGUUAAUAUUUUGUGAUAACUUUGCUUUCAAAUACAUUUGGUCAUGUCUUGA